AGCAACAAAAUGAUAAUCAAACAAAAUUGGCUGGAAGAAAUUCGACCAAUAUGAACAAAAAAAAUCGAAUUAGAUAUGGAUUUACAUCAUUAUCCGAUAAGAGCGAUACAUAUGUUCGUGGAAUGUUGGGCGUAUUACCACCACCACCACCACCUGCUAAUGAAAGUCAAUCAUCAUCAUCAUCAUCUAAACGACGUGAAAAACGUUUGACUGGCAAUGAUCAACAAUGUCAACCAUCGCUGCGAUCAUUACCCGAUUCAUUUGAUUGGCGUGAUCAUCAAGCGGUAACACCAGCUAAAAAUCAAGGCCAAUGUGGUAGCUGUUGGACAUUUGCCACUGCUGGAUCGAUUGAAUCUGCAUAUUUAAUAAAAAAUCGUACCACGAAUCAACAAUUUGAUUUAAGUGAACAACAAAUGGUUGAUUGUGCAAGUGGUCCUAGAUCUGGUUGUCAAGGUGGUACAUCAUAUCAGGCAUUUAACUAUGUAAAAGAUAAUGGCUUAACAUCUGAACAAUAUGAACCAUACAGGGCAAGAGAUUCAUUUUGUUUUCCAUAUUUUGAUCCAGUAAUAGCCGAAAUUGAUAAUUAUUGUUUACGAAGUCGUCAACGUUAUACACGAUCAUUUCAAACUGAACAAUUGAAUGAUGAUGAUAUUCAACGUGCUUUGGUUGCAUUUGGUCCAUUAUAUACGGCAAUUAAUGCUGAUCCAAUUUCAACGAAAAAUUAUCGUUCCGGUAUAUUUAACGAUAGUUCGUGUCCAGAACAAAUUAAUCAUGCCGUUCUGUUGGUCGGUUAUACACCGGAUGCAUGGAUUAUUAAAAAUAGUUGGGGCAAAUCAUGGGGUGAACAACAUGGUUAUUUUCGUUUAGCACGAGGUUUUAAUCGUUGUGGUAUCAAUACCGAAAUUGCAUAUCCAUUAUUGAAUAACAAUGAUAAAUGAUCGUCCGUCAUAAUCGAUUGUAUUAACAAUCGAUUAUGAAAAUCAUCAUCAUCAUUGACUUCUUAAUGUAUUUUUUUUU